AUGUUUGAAACCAGAAGAAGAAAUACCGGAAGCACAUGUGGAACGCAAACGUGUGCAGGCUUUGAAUGAUACUAUUUCGUGAUAACAACUAAUUUAAAUAGCGUUUACGAGAAAUUACGUGUUGUGAAAGACGUUUACGUCUACAAAGUCAAGAUUUCACCAUGGUUCGACAGAUCCGAGUAAAACGAUUUAAACUGCAGAAGAAGCCAGAGCAAUUUGACGACGAUGACCCUCAAGCCUACAAGGGUGCGCAAGCCCCCGACAAGAAAUCUACAGACUUUACCAGGGGCGAGGUGGACCGGUUUCAUGAUGAAAAGAUUGCUAAACUUCUUGCCAGUGGUGACCAAUUGGAUAGUGACCUUGAGGAUGGGGAUGAUGAGGAGGAAGUGAUGGCCCUGGAUGACUCUGAGUCUGAAGGAGAUGAAGAAUAUGGUGACGACCAACAAGAAGAGGGGAGUGAUAUGGAAAGUGAUCUAGAGGGGAAGAAAGAUGCAGAUCUUCCUAGUGACAUGGCGUGGGGUAACAGAAAGAACCUCUUCUACGACUCAGAUUAUGUGGCUGCCAAAGGGAAAACGCAAGAAGAAGUAGAAGCAGAGGACAAAGAGGAGGAAGAAGAAGCUAAGAACAUACAAAGACGCCUGGCUGCGAAUCUCAGCGAGGAGGACUAUGAUCUCAAUUUAUUUCAGGAAUUUGCUGUGGAGAAGGACGAUAAGACUGCAGAAAAGGAUAAGAAAAUUGUGAAAGACCUGGAUCAGAUGUCCCAGAAAGAGAAGCUGAAGCUGCUGAAGAAGGAGUCGCCUGAGAUGCUUGAGCUUAUUCAGGAUUUCAAGGCAAAGCUGACCGAACUGAAGGAUGAAAUACAGCCGCUCAUUGAGAUGAUUAAGGAUGGACGGAUUGCUCCAGGGAAGGGGGCCGAAUAUCUCAAGACAAAACACCAGCUUUAUCUGAAUUACUGCACAAAUAUCAGUUUCUACCUGGUCCUUAAGGCAAAAAGAAUCCCCGCUCAUAACCAUCCCGUCAUAGAGAGGUUGCUCAACUACAGAAAUCUCAUCAACAAGCUGGGGCCAGUCGAUGCCAGACUGGAGCCCCAGCUUCGCAGGCUGCUUGCCGGGUGGCAGCCGGAGGAGUCCCGCCGCAGGCCUGCCCCUGAGGAGGGCCAAGUUCCUGAACAGGCAGUGGGAGAAGCUAGUGAAGACGACUCAGACUCGGACUCAGAUGAUGAGGAGGCUGCCCUGCGCUUCUACAAAGAGGUUGAGGAAAAGCUGAAGCUCAAGAAGAAGAGAAGGAACAUGGACCCAGAUGCGGACGGAAUGGAGGAGAAUGGCGAUGAAGAAGACGUUCCCACGGAUGCAAAGAGAAAGAUCACAUAUGAGAUGGCCAAGAACAAGGGGCUGACGCCCAAGAGGAAGAAGAUUAACCGCAAUCCCAGAGUGAAGCACAGAGAGAAGUACAGGCGGGCUCAGAUCAAGAGAAAGGGACAGGUUCGGGAGGUGCGACGCGAGGAGACCAGAUACAGUGGAGAGCAUUCCGGAAUCCGCAGUGGACUCAAAAAGAGCAUCAAGCUUGCGUAACGAACCAGAGAUGUAUAAAUUACGCUGCACAGCAUAGCCAUCAUUUUAACUGUUUAUUCAAGUGCAAUUGCCUGUAUGAAGACCGAUUUUCCUAUUAUAUUUCUAUGAAUCACUUGAAAUAAACUUUUUCUGAUAACCUUUA